CAAACGCCUUACUCUACGGCUAUUCUCUCGAUUCUUCAAUCUGCGACUACUCUGCUGCCACAGGCAACAAUGGCAACCAACUUCCAGACCGAAAUGGUUGUCGGGGGGAUCUACGUGUUCCUCUCAGCUCAAGAGGAGCCGUUAGAUCCUCAGUGGGCGUUUUGCUUUCGCACGAAACCCGUUGAUGGAAAUGUAUAUCCGAUCCAAGCUCGAGGUGCUGGCUGGACUGCCCAAUAUCCGUCAACCGAUGAAAUCAUGACCUCAGCGACACUGGUUGGUCUUUUUCAAAUUGCGGCAGUCGAAGAUUUGUCGAUCUAGAAGAUCGAUAGAAUCAUCACAACGUACGCACCUUCAAUGACCACUGACCGUGAGUGUUCCAAGUGGAUCUUGUCCUUGCUACAGGAAGAAGGGAUUCUGAAGUGCAGGGAUAUCGAGACAUUGGAAGCAGAAAUCGUCGACUUCACAAACCGCUUCGUCAGCAAGGACGCCAAGGCGGCGACGCCCCGCCCCAUUGGAGCUUCUCAAAUCUGCGAGCUGUGACGGUAUCGUUACAAUUGAGGCUGGCCCAAAUCGGAAACGUGGGCGGAGAAUGGUUGCAUGCUGUCACGAGUUGAGUCAUGUUUGCAGUGACCGGGAUAAUGGUGGUUGGGGCAUGGUGGCAUUCUGGUGAUGGAAUUGGUUAUUUU